AUGCCGGAAUUGUUUUAUGGUCUGAUCCCUCGAUCAUGCGAGCUGCUAAAAUGCAAAGACUCUAAAAUAGCUAACUUAAUCAUGAUACAGUUGCCGGAUUGUCUUAUUGGCUUUUGCAACAGGACCAAUAUGACAAGCAACCAAACUCAAGGUGACGACAAUGCUUCAAAACUUGAUCCUGCUGAAUACGGACCUCUUUCUUACAUCGCUGGCUACAUAGUAAGUAAACUGCAUCAGAAAAAUAGAGCAAAAAAGGACAAAUCUAAUGAGGAAAUUCAAAUUCUAUUGCAUGCUAUGAAGUCGACUGAAACAGCUCAAGAAUUCAUUUCAGCAUGA